AUGGCAUCUUUCGAAAUUAACGUGGAUGAUUCAACAAUGAACGCUCCAAACACCAAAGGUCAUGGUUAUGAAGCUGAAGGAAUCGAUCCUGAGGAAGAGUCACCUAUAGAACAAGUGAGAUUGACAGUCUUAAACCAUGACGAUCCUUCGCUACCCGUAUGGACUUUUCGGAUGUGGUUUCUUGGACUUCUAUCAUGUGGAGUUCUUUCUUUUCUCAAUACUUUCUUCAGUUACAGAAGUGAACCGCUUGUCAUAACUAUGAUUUCUGCACAAGUUGCCACAUUGCCUAUGGGACAUUUUAUGGCCAAAGUGUUACCCACAAAGAAAUUUCGGAUCCGUUCGUGGGAGUUUUCGUUGAAUCCAGGGCCGUUUAAUAUAAAAGAACAUGCAUUAAUCUCCAUAUUUGCUAAUACUGGCAGUGCAUUUGGGGGUGGAACUGCUUAUGCUAUUAGUAUUGUGGAUAUUGUCAAGGCUUUUUAUCACAGAAAAAUUUCUUUCUUGGCUAGUUGGAUUCUUGUUGUUACGACCCAGGUAUUGGGAUAUGGUUGGGCUGGGAUAAUGAGAAAGUAUGUUAUAGAACCUGCAGAGAUGUGGUGGCCAUCAAGUCUUGUUCAAGUCUCUCUUUUCAGGGCUCUCCAUGAGAAAGAUGAUAGUCGCAUGUCAAGGGGGAAAUUCUUUCUAAUUGCACUGAUCUGCAGCUUCUCUUGGUAUACAUUCCCUGGCUACCUCAUGAACACAUUGUCUAACCUAUCAUUGCUCUGCUUGCUAUUUCCCCGUUCUGUCACAAUGCAGCAACUUGGUUCAGGCAUUCGUGGGCUUGGUAUAGGAUCCUUCACAUUUGAUUGGACUGUCAUAGCUUCAUUUCUGUCAAGUCCUCUAGUGUCUCCAUUCUUUGCCACAGUCAAUGUACUCGUGGGCUAUGUCUUAGUAGUCUAUGUGUUAAUUCCGGUUGCUUACUGGGGACUCAACAUAUACAAUGCCAAAACCUAUCCCCUCUUCUCCUCGGACUUGUUCGAUAUACACGGGCAGAAGUAUAAUGUAUCGGCUAUUGUGAAUGACAAGUUUGAGAUAGACAUGCUGGCGUAUGAGAAUCAAGGACAAGUACAUAUAACCAUGUUUUUCGCAGUUUCUUAUGCCCUAACUUUCGCGGCUGUGGUUGCUACAAUUACUCAUGUGGCUUGUUUCAACGGAAAGGAAAUUUACGACCUCUUCCGAGCUUCGAGUAAAGGAAAACCAGAUAUUCACACAAAACUUAUGAGGAAAUACAAGGGCAUCCCUAGCUGGUGGUUUGUCCUCAUGCUUGCACUAUCAUUGGCACUCUCACUUGUACUUUGCAUAUUCAUGAAAGAUCAGGUUCAAUUGCCCUGGUGGGCACUCCUUCUUUCAGCAGGUCUUGCUCUAUUUUUCACCCUCCCAACAAGUAUCAUUACAGCGACAACAAAUCAGACACCAGGGUUGAACGUUAUCACGGAAUACGUAUUCGGUGUAUUAUAUCCAGGAAGGCCUGUGGCCAACGUUUGCUUCAAAACCUAUGGAUAUAUGAGUAUGGGUCAAGCUGUUUCGUUUCUGAAUGAUUUUAAGCUAGGGCACUACAUGAAGAUUCCGCCAAGGUCCAUGUUCAUGGUUCAGCUCAUUGGAACCAUCAUUGCUGGAACAAUCAAUAUCGGUGUGGCUUGGUACAUGCUGACAAGCAUCAAGAACAUAUGCCAUUCAGAACUUCUUCCUGAUAACAGUCCUUGGACCUGUCCUGGUGAUAGCGUAUUCUACAGUGCAUCCGUUCUCUGGGGUUUGGUAGGACCCUUACGAGUCUUCGGGCCACAGGGAAAGUAUUCUGCCCUCAACUGGUGUUUCCUGGGAGGUGCCUUAGCUCCCAUUUUGGUGUGGCUUUUAUACAAGAUAUUCCCCAGCCAAAAGUGGAUCAAGCUUAUAAACUUUCCAGUAAUUCUGGGAUCAACAGGCAAUAUGCCUCCGGCGACAUCUUUGAACUUCAACAGCUGGAUUUUCGUCGGAACUAUCUUCAAUUUCUUUGUCUACCGUUUUAGAAAGAGUUGGUGGCAGAAGUACAAUUAUGUCCUAUCGGCCGCAUUGGACGCUGGCUUGGCUUUCAUGUGUGUGCUCUUGUAUUUCUGUCUUCAGUACGAAGGUAUAGGCAUUUCUUGGUGGGGCACUAAAACUCAUAUGGCAGAGCAUUGUGAGUUGCCUUCAUGUCCAACAGCCAAAGGAAUUGAAGUUGACGGAUGUCCCGUACAAUAG